UAUAAAAAUAACUAUGGAACUUCCUCUAUUUCUCAGUAAAGCAUUAUUAGUGCUGUAAAAGGAGCUUCAUUUUGCUAUUGUAUUUGCUCAUCACUCAUGACCAAGAUCUUUAGCAAGUACAGAGAGAGGACUGUUCUCUGGAUAAAAUGAGAAUACAGGUCAUCUUUGGAAUCCUGUGGAUUUUCACACAAGCUGCCAUGGGUUUGCUGUUUCAGGAUCCUGUUGUCUGUAGAUUUACUGAGAGUAAUCAGUGUUAUGUAGCUCUGGGACAACGACUGCACCUGCCAAUGCCCCUGGAGGAUGGGUUUGACCUAAAGAUCAUAGACAAGACAUCUACCCAUCAUUUAAUUUUAAAAUAUAGAAAAACCCAAAGUAACCCACCAAAACCAAAUCCCCCAAGAUGGCAGUUUGUUAUUGAUAAUAAAACUAUGAUACUAACCAGUGCAGAGAGGAGUGACUCUGGAACAUACACUUUAGACACCACUGAUGCAAAGGGGACUCUUAAAGGCAAUUAUACUCUCCAGCUAAACAUUGAAGCUGAGGUGUCCUCAGUGAAAUUGUCGUACAGCUGCUUGUCCCCUGGAGUCAUGAAAGUGUACUGUUCUGCUGAUGGAGACAAUCUCCGCUUCAACUGGACUUCUGAUUUAAACACACUCCCUCAACUGGAGAACGGGAACAGCACUCUCACACUGAAUAAAGAUCAUCAUGGAAAAGUCACCUGCCAUGUAGAAAAUCAUGUCAGCUAUAACUACAAUACCACUGAACUCCACCCAUGUCCUGGACCUACUACUGCAGUAGUCACUUCCACACUGUCUAAUGAUGGUUUGCUGUUUCAGGAUCCUGUUGUCUGUAGCUUUAAUCAGAGUAAUCAGUGUUAUGUAGCUCUGGGACAACGACUGCACCUGCCAAUGCCCCUAGAGGAUAGGUUUGACCUAAAGAUCACAGACAAGACAUCUACCUCUCGUUUAAUUUUAAAAUAUAGAAAAACCCAAAGUAACCCACCAAAACCAAAUCCCCCAAGAUGGCAGUUUGGUAAUGAUAAUAAAACUAUGAUACUAACCAGUGCAGAGAGGAACGACUCUGGAACAUACACUUUAGACACCACUGAUGCAAACGGGAAUCUUAAAGGCAAUUAUAUUCUCCAGCUAAACAUUGAAGCCGCGGUGUCCUCAGUGAAAGUGUGGUACGGCUGUUUGUCUUUUGAUGUCGCUAAAGCACACUGUUCUGCUGAUGGAGACAACCUCCGCUUCACCUGGACUGCUGAUUUAAACACAAUCACUCAGCUGGAGGAUGCAAACAGCACCUUGCUGCUCGAUAAAAGCCAUCAUGGAAACAUCACCUGCCAUGUAGAAAACCAUGUCAGCCGUGUCCGUAACACCAUUGAACUCCACCCAUGUCCCGGUUUCAUGGUGUUUGUGUCUGUGUGGCUCUGUGAAGUCAUCAUCCUUCUGUCGCUGUUAGUGGGAGCAUUUUGUAUCUACAACAGAAUCUACAGGAAACAGAAAAUAACUGAGAAUCAGGAAGCUCUGUAAACCUAGAUUAGGAACAGAAGAAGCAGUCCACGAUUGCUCUCCUCCAUGCCAGCAACCCGUCCACCCUGAACCACCAGAAAUGUAUAAGCAUCAAUAACAGAUGGGUAACAGAGAAAACAAAUUUUAUUCCUCAAUCCACAUCUUCUUUUCAAAAACUAAGCCAGCCUGCAGAUUUCUUGAUGAAAUAAGUGCUACUUUUUAGAGUUGUUUCUCUUUAGCUUUAUUUUUUUAAUGUUCUAAAAUACUGCAAUGCUUAAAUGCUGCUGUUCCAAUCAUGCUUUUGUAGAAAUCAUUUUUGUAGACUCUUUUAUAAAUAUAAAUUUAAGUGUAUUUGUGAAGGUUGAAAAAAUGUCUGUUGUGAGUUGUUGCUUUUUUUUUCCUAAAACAAACAUGAUCCAAUUCUUAUUUAUGGAUGACAAUUAAUAAUGAUUAAGUUCAUUAUUCACUUCUGUUAUUAAAUCAGUCCACUCAAGACAUUAUGUGAUGAGUUUUGUGACACUGGAGACUUGGCAGUAUUUAGAGGAUCCAUGUGUGAAAUCCAGACACAAUCCGGAAAUCAGUGUCCAUAAAGCUUUCCAUGUACAGGGGCAAGUAACAGGAAUAUAAAAGUAUUAUAAAGCA